AUGUUAUCUCCGACUCCAAACGCCGGCGAGAGCACUCCAGUCGCAAUGGCGACCACCACUGUCAAGGUUGACGGAAUGACCUGCGGGGCAUGUACCUCUGCAGUUGAGGGCGCAUUUCAAAGAGUAGACGGUGUGCAGGAUGUUUCCGUCAGUCUGAUCAUGGGCAGGGCCGCUGUACAACACGACCCGUCAGUGAUAGAGCCCACGAAAAUCGCAGAAAUCAUUGAAGACUGUGGCUUCGAUGCCGUAGUACUGUCGACCAACGAAAAUAAACCCCCCAACGCUGCUGCUUCUUCUCUCCCGACCCCGCGGUUAUCAGUGACCAAUCUGGCAGUUGAGGGUAUGACAUGCGGCGCAUGUACAUCUGCAGUAGAAAGCGGGUUGAACGAUGUCCCUGGUGUGCACCUAGUGGACGUUUCACUACUUUCCGAGCGCGCAGUCGUGGAACAUGAUGCCGACAUCAUCACACCGGAACAGAUCGCAGAAAUCAUUGAAGAUCGAGGCUUUGGAGCGCGGGUGCUGGACACCUCCCUGCUGCGCUCCAAGGAGCCUUCCACGUCGGCCGAUCCGGAAAAUAAAUCCGCACUCAUGGUUACCACCGUCGCAAUUGGCGGCAUGACAUGUGGCGCUUGCACGUCGAGCGUUGAAGGUGCCCUGGAGAAUGUGGAGGGAGUGAUCCAGUUCAACAUCAGUCUUCUGGCUGAGCGAGCGGUGGUUGUGCACGACCCAACAACAAUCCCCGCCAGCAAAAUUACAGAUCUCAUUGAAGAUGCCGGCUUUGACGCGUCGGUCGUGUCAUCGGGGACACAAGCUUCAAUAUCCAAAAAGACGCAACAUGUCAACUUGAGCCUGCAUGGUCUCCGGGACGGCACUUCUGCUACUGCAUUGGAAGACACCAUAUUACAGCAACCAGGCGUACACUCUGCAUCAAUAAAACUGGCUACCUCUCAUAUGGCCGUUGCUUUCGAUCCAUCUAUCAUCGGAAUUCGAUCUGUUGUGGAAGUGAUCGAGGCUGCUGGCUACAACGCCUUGCUAGUUGACACGGAUGAUACCAAUGCCCAGUUACAAUCAUUGUCCAAAACGAAGGAAAUCCAAGAAUGGAAACGGUCCUUCAUUACUGCGGCGUCCUUUGCGGUCCCUGUCUUCCUCAUCAGCAUGAUACUGCCGAUGUACUUGCCUGGGCUUGACUUCGGAAACUUCGAAUUGAUACGGGGAUUGUAUCUUGGAGACCUGAUCUGUCUCUGCCUGACCAUCCCGGUGCAGUUCGGCAUCGGCAGACGAUUUUACAUGACCAGCUUCAAGUCCCUCAAGCAUCGGUCCCCAACGAUGGACGUUCUGGUGAUGCUGGGGACCUCGGCUGCCUUCUUCUACAGUUGCUUUACCAUGCUCUUGGCGCUUUGCAGUGUGGAUCAUGGCCGUCCCAGCACCGUGUUUGAUACCAGCACGAUGCUCAUUACGUUCAUCACUCUGGGGCGUUGGCUGGAAAACCGCGCCAAGGGCCAAACAUCUGCUGCUCUGUCUCGACUCAUGUCUUUGGCCCCAUCAAUGACUACCAUAUACGAUGAUCCCAUUGCAGCCGAAAAACUGGCCGAACGCUGGACCUCGAAGUCUACGGCUGGCGCACCUGAGCAACCCGCGUUGUCUGAGGACAUGGCAGUGGCUCAGAAGAACAUCCCCACCGAGCUGAUUCAAGUCGGUGAUGUCGUUAUUCUUCAUCCCGGUGACAAGGUUUCUGCAGAUGGCGUUGUCAUUCGUGGUGAAAGCUAUGUUGAUGAGAGCAUGAUCAGCGGAGAGGCGUUGCCAAUUUUCAAAAAGAAAGGCAGCCCGGUCAUUGCUGGCACUGUGAACGGUACAAACUCAAUAGAUUUCAAAGUCAUUCGAGCCGGCAAGGACACCCAGUUGAGCCAGAUUGUGAAGUUGGUUCAGGAUGCGCAGACGAGCCGUGCUCCGAUUCAGCGCAUGGCUGACAUUGUUGCCGGUUACUUUGUGCCCACCAUCAUUGGCCUCGGUUUGGUCACGUUUUUUGGCUGGAUGUUCCUCAGCCACGUACUGCCUCAUCCGCCCAUGAUUUUCGAAAUGGCCAACAAUGGUGGUCGGGUCAUGGUUUGCUUGAAGCUGUGCAUCUCUGUCAUUGUCUUUGCAUGCCCCUGCGCCUUAGGUCUGAGUACCCCAACCGCUGUCAUGGUGGGUACUGGAGUUGGCGCGGAGCAUGGCAUCCUCGUCAAAGGAGGUGCCGUUCUUGAGGCCGCCACAAAAAUCACUCAUGUAGUCUUUGAUAAAACGGGCACUUUGACAACAGGUCAGAUGAACGUUGCUCACACCCGAAUUGAACCUCAAUGGUCGAUGAACGACUGGCGCCGUCAGCUCUGGUGGCUUGUCGUCGGCCUCGCAGAGACAGGCAGUGAACAUCCCAUCGGACGAGCGAUUCUCUCCGCGGCGCUAGUCGAAUCAGGUCAUCCCGGAGCAGAUGGACUACCAGGCGUCAUGGGUGAUUUUGACAAUGAAGUUGGCAAGGGUAUCUCCGCCGUCGUCGAGCCUACAUCCAGCGGCCAGCGUAUUCGGCACCACGUGCUGCUUGGUAACGCCAAAUUCCUUCAGUCCAAAGGCGUCACUGUCCCCGCUGAUGCAGAUCCCGACUCUGAGGUACCCGGUGGCUCAGAAGCCCAUGUCCCUAAGCCCAGUAGCACAGCAUCUGGAAUUACCCGCAUCCAUGUAGCAAUCGACAACAGCUACGCUGGAACCAUCUCCCUCCAAGACACUGUGAAAGACACAGCUGCGGCGGCAGUCGCGGCUCUUCAUCGCAUGGGCAUCUCAACAUCUAUGGUAACAGGCGACACUCUCUCAACAGCGGUAUCCAUCGCCACAGCAGUCGGUAUCCCAACCACCGCAAUCCACGCCUCCAUCUCGCCAUCCGGGAAGCGAGCAAUAGUCUCUGCCCUUCAAGCCGAAGGCGAGAUCGUUGCCAUGGUCGGCGACGGCAUCAAUGACUCUCCCGCACUGGCAACAGCGUCCGUCGGAAUCGCCCUCGCAUCCGGCACAGACGUCGCCGUAGAGUCUGCCGACAUCGUCCUCAUGCGUCCGGAUGACCUGCUCUCUGUACCAGCCAGCCUCGCCCUCUCACGCUCAGUCUUCAGACGCAUCAAGUUGAACCUCAUCUGGGCUUGCAUGUACAAUGUCCUCGGCCUACCCUUCGCCAUGGGUCUUUUCCUCCCCUUCACCGGCUUCAUGCUACCCCCCAUGGCCGCCGGUGCUGCCAUGGCUCUGUCGAGUGUCUCCGUCGUUGUCAGCAGUCUGCUUCUGAAGUUCUGGCAGCGCCCGGCUUGGAUGGAAACUGAGCGUCUUGAGAAGGAGCUUCGCUCCGGUGCGAUCCUGGUGCCUGGCGUGACGCGCGGUCGUGGCCAUGCUCGUAAGGUCAGCUGGUGGUCGUCUGCUAUCAUGAUGUCGACUAGCCCGCUCCCUGUUCGUCGGCGUAUCGGGAGUGCUGUGUCUGCGCUUUGGUCGUGGGUUACUGGUAAAGCACCGAAGCCGAUUGUUCGGGGUGAUGAGGGUUAUGUCCCGCUGCAGACGAUUGAUUCGCCUGUUUAA